AUGGAGAGCAACACAUCCUUCGGGAACUGUACUGAUCCCCAGAUGUCCUUUCAGUCCACCCUAUAUGCCACCACAUACACCCUCAUAUUCAUCCCUGGCCUCCUGGCAAACAGUGCUGCACUGUGGGUCUUGUGCCGCUUCAUCAGCAAGAAAAGCAAAGCCGUCAUUUUCAUGAUCAACCUGGCUGUUGCUGACCUGGCUCACGUCCUCUCACUGCCCUUACGGACGUAUUACUACAUAAACCACAGCUGGCCGUUUGGAAGCUUUCUGUGCCAGGUGUGCUUCUACCUGAAGUAUCUCAACAUGUAUGCUAGCAUUUGCUUCCUCACCUGCAUCAGCAUCCAGCGGUACCUCUUCCUCCUGCAUCCCUUCAAAGCCAAUGACUGGAAGCGGCGGUACGAUGCAGCCAUCAGUGCUGCUGUCUGGCUCUUUGUUGGGGCAGCAUGUUUACCCCUGCUUGUAGUGAGGAGUCCGACCUUGUCCAACAGCAUAAACACAUGCUUCUCAGACCUGGGGGUGAAGCAGCUGAGCCCAGGAGCCUCCAUUGCACUGGUGACAGUAGCAGAGCUGUUUGGGUUUGUCAUCCCCUUCAGCAUCAUUGCUUGCUGCACUUGGAAGAUGUGGCAGUCCCUGCGGGAGGGCCCAACUCAGCUGCAAAACACCAGUGAGAAACAGAAGGCUUUGCGCAUGGUCUUGAUGUGUGCAGCCGUCUUCUUCAUCUGUUUCACCCCCUACCACAUCAACUUUCCUUUCUUUAUGAUGGUGAUAGAGAACAUCAUCCAGGACUGUGCUAUUCACAAGAGCACACUCCGCUUCCACCCCAUCUCCCUCUGCCUGGCGAGCCUCAACUGCUGCCUGGAUCCGGUCCUCUACUACUUCAUGACCUCUGAGUUCCAGGACCAUCUGCUGCGCCACAGCUGUGUCACCCUGCGAGCUUGGUUCACACGCCGCAGGAACCUCUCCAUCGCCAAAACCGGCCACGACAUUCGCAUGAAGAGAAACCUUCCAAGUCUCAAGUUUUUGUCUCUUCCAAAGUUCUUUGGCCGAAUAAACAGCAUGGAAAUCCCCGCCAUGCCACCUGAUGAGCUUCUGUUGGAGUCUAUCUCUUGA